CAUCUGAAUGGUAUAGUCGACUGCACCACAUCAUUUUCCAUUGAACCUCAGCUCGAGGGAAGUGAUCUUCGAAAACAACUCUUUUAGUCAACAAAACGCUGAAACGGCGUGCAAAAUUUCACCUUCCAGGUUUACGUGACACCAGAUAAAGCUCCAACUAGCAAGAUGGCCGAGUCUGACUGGGAUACGGUGACUUAUUUGAGGAAGAAGCCACCAACUGCGAAGCAAGCUCGCUCUCAGCAGGCUGUCAAUGCUGCCAUGCGCAGAGGGGAAGACAUAGAGACUACAAAGAAAUUCAGUGCUGCCCAGAACAGACAGCACAGUGCAGCUAAGGACACAGCCAAGCUGGACAGAGAGACAGAGGAACUGCACCAUGAUAAAGUAUCACUGGAUCUGUCUCGUCUCAUCCAACAAGCUCGGCAGGAGAAGAAGAUGACCCAGAAGGAUCUGGCCACUAAAAUCAACGAGAAGCCGCAGGUUGUGAACGAGUACGAGAGUGGAAAAGCUAUCCCCAACCAGCAGGUGAUAGGCAAGAUAGAGAGGGCUUUGGGAGUGAAGCUGAGGGGGAAGGAUAGGGGCCAGCCGCUGCAGCCGAAGGGCAAGAAGAAGUAGGAUAGAGCCUCCGGUCCCUCUGAGCUGAGCCCACCUCUCAUGGCCCCCUUCUACAGAUGACAGAGUUAGACCCUCCUAAAGUAUGGCUGCCCUUCUCAGCACUAGAGAAAAGUCUCAACUAUGUAAAGAAAAUGUCAGAAAGUUUAAUUUUCUUUUGUCAUGACUUAUUGCAUUGUGGGUUUUGACUGGUAUAGAGAGUUUAGUUUACAGGUAUCAAAAUGUUGUGUGUCAACCCAAUGACAUCACCAAUAGUAGGCACAAUAAAGUGCGGAUAUUUUAGUGAUGUCACUAAUGUGAAGGACAUUUUUUUCAUCCAUAUGUCUGCAAAGUGUAUUCAGGAUUGGAAGUGGUGAACACAUUUGCAAUUAUGAUGAGUUAUUACAUCUAGCAUGACAAGCUGCAAAAUUUAUAGGAUAAGAUUUCAUUUUAAUGUAUUUUGAUAUAUAUCUAUUGCAGCCAUACUUAAGAAGGGUCUAACACAAACCUAUUAACAUUUACUGCCGUGAUGCAAA